CCCCAGAUUGAGCACUUUGUAUAAGCAGCACUGUCAUGUCCCUUUUCUCUAUUCGUCUCGGUUCAUGAAUUGAGUGGCUCUGGGGGCAGGUUUAAGCUCCUUCACGGCUGCGCAACGAAUUUCUAGUCAACUAACAAAUACAGCUGACGCGAUGAGUCUCUUCGGAUCCUCGACUGCGAAUCAGGCGCAGCCUGCGAAACCCGGCUUCUUCUCUUUCAGCAAUCCUUCCUCAAACCAGCCGGCCGCUUCGACGUCGCUAUUUGGCCAGCCGCAGACGCAGCAGCAGCAACAACAGAGCAGUCUACCAACCUUCAGCUUAGGCGCGCCCAAACCGCAGCCGCAGCAAACAGGUGGCUUGUUCGGCACUUCGACGCAGACACAACAGAGUGGAGGUUUAUUCGGGGCCGGUACGCAGCCUCAGCAGCAGACCGGAGGCCUCUUUGGCGCAUCGCAAUCUCAGCAACAGCCGGGCGGUUUAUUCGGCACUUCAACCCAGCCCCAACAGCAGAGCGCAUUUGGUUUCGGUCAAUCACAGCAGGCGCCGCAGCAGCAACCACAGCGCCCUCUAGACCAGACACUGAGGUUCGGUCAGUCACAACAAGGACAACCCGGCGCUCAGUCACUCUGGGAGGAAGGCCGUGGCCUCAAUGUCUUCAGAUCAAUACCCGUGCAGAUGAACAUUGUCAAGAAUAAGUGGGACCCCACCAGUCUGUCCUCACCACUGCGCGCAUACCUGUACCAGCAUGUCGAGAGCGAAACAGACGCGCUGAAAUAUCGCCCGGGGCCGGGAGAAGAUGAGGACAAGUGGGAAGAAGCAGUUUCCAAAAGACCGGGACCUGACUGGGUGCCCCUCUUAGUCCAGGGGUUCUUUCAACUGGGACGAAAGGCUCAGAUACAAAUGGAGGCCGUCCAGAGAUGCAACAUGAUGCUGCAAGAAAUAAACACAUCGCUCGAUGUCCAGCUGGACAAGCACCGCCAAAACGUGGCUACAAGGUUAGAAGAAUGCAAGAGAAGACAAGCCGCGGCAGCUCAGCGGACACUGGCGCUCGCAGUCAAAGUUCAAAUCCUGCGCAAUCGAGGCUACGUGAUGGACAACGCUGAAGAGGAAUUGAAAACAAAACUGGAGAAGCUGCAAGGCGAAGUCUUUGAUCCCUCUCUGAAUGCUCGAGAGCAGGAAGUCUGGGCGAGGAUGCUAGGAAUUCGAGAACGCGCGAAGAGACUAAAAGCCGAGAUGGAAAAGCUUGCACCGGCGGCUACUGCCAACGGGGAAGACACUCCGUUGGACGAAGAGACGAUCAAAGCUGCCAAAAAGACACUGGAGGCCUACGAUAUCCAACUCCGACAUCUGCAGAAAGAAUUGGAACUUGUGCAGCAAGAGUUUGAUGAGUGGGAGAAGAUUUCCAGAGAUAGAGACAUCGAUGUCCCUCGGCGGAGGUAAUCAAAUUAAGGAGGUUGGGAAAAACUUGUAAAAGAGUUCAACAGAAAACAAUGCCACAGGGGCUCGCGGACCCGUCGCAGGACGUGCAUGGAAAGGCGAGGCGAGGCGAGGCGAGGCGGCACGAACAUCUUGAAUAGUGACUGUUGACGAUGAUUUGGAAUCCAGAAUUUGAGAAGAUGUUGUCUCUAUCAAAACAAUGCCCGUUCGAACGAGAGUCCGAAGGUCCCAGCUGCUGUUUACUGGGAACAGAUAGUGUACAAGCUAGUGUACAGAGA